AAUUGUGAAAUAAAAAUGGCUCGUACUAAGCAGACUGCUCGUAAAUCGACCGGAGGCAAGGCGCCUCGUAAGCAGCUGGCAACUAAGGCGGCUCGUAAGAGUGCGCCAGCCACCGGCGGUGUGAAGAAGCCUCAUCGUUAUCGCCCCGGAACUGUUGCCCUGCGUGAGAUCCGUCGUUACCAGAAGAGCACAGAGUUGCUGAUCCGCAAGCUGCCUUUCCAGCGCUUGGUGCGUGAAAUUGCUCAGGAUUUCAAGACCGAUCUGCGUUUCCAGAGCUCUGCUGUGAUGGCACUGCAGGAAGCUAGUGAAGCCUACUUGGUUGGCCUGUUCGAAGAUACUAACUUGUGCGCUAUCCAUGCCAAGCGUGUCACCAUCAUGCCGAAAGAUAUCCAGCUGGCCAGACGUAUUCGUGGCGAACGUGCUUUUGCAACAUCCGCAUCUCCCGUGGCUGCCCCACCAGCUACUCCCGCAUCUGAGAAGAAGGUGGCUGCUAAGAAAGCAGCAUCUGCAUCGAAGGUGAAGAAGCCGGCAGUUCCACCAUCACAUCCUCCAACUCAGCAAAUGGUGGACGCAUCAAUCCUGAACCUUAAAGGAACGUGGUGGCUCGUCGCUUAUGGCAAUCAAGAAGUACAUCAGUGCCACAUACAAGAGCCGAAGCCAAAAGCCAAGGCUGCCUCAGUGGAGAAGAAACCGAAGAAGGUCGCUGCAUCAGCAGCAGCAGCUAAGAAGAAGGCUGCCGGCACCAAGGCCAAGAAAGCAGCAGGGUCCGCUGAGAAGAAACCAAGCAAAGCUGUAGCAACCAAGAAGACCGCUGAGAAGAAGAAGACUGAGAAAGCCAAGGCUAAGGAGGCCAAGAAGAGUGGUGGCAAAGUUAAGGGAAAGGCAAAGUCUCGUUCCAACCGCGCUGGUCUUCAGUUCCCCGUUGGCCGUAUUCACCGUCUGCUUCGCAAGGGCAACUAUGCCGAGCGUGUUGGUGCUGGUGCUCCUGUGUACCUGGCUGCUGUGAUGGAAUACUUGGCUGCUGAAGUUUUGGAGUUGGCUGGUAACGCAGCCCGUGACAACAAGAAGACUAGGAUUAUCCCUCGUCAUCUGCAAUUGGCCAUCCGCAACGAUGAGGAGUUGAACAAACUGCUUUCGGGUGUCACCAUUGCCCAGGGCGGAAGUGAAAAUUGUGAAAUAAAAAUGGCUCGUACUAAGCAGACUGCUCGUAAAUCGACCGGAGGCAAGGCGCCUCGUAAGCAGCUGGCAACUAAGGCGGCUCGUAAGAGUGCUCCAGCCACCGGCGGUGUGAAGAAGCCUCAUCGUUAUCGCCCCGGAACUGUUGCCCUGCGUGAGAUCCGUCGUUACCAGAAGAGCACAGAGUUGCUGAUCCGCAAGCUGCCUUUCCAGCGCUUGGUGCGUGAAAUUGCUCAGGAUUUCAAGACCGAUCUGCGUUUCCAGAGCUCUGCUGUGAUGGCACUGCAGGAAGCUAGUGAAGCCUACUUGGUUGGCCUGUUCGAAGAUACUAACUUGUGCGCUAUCCAUGCCAAGCGUGUCACCAUCAUGCCGAAAGAUAUCCAGCUGGCCAGACGUAUUCGUGGCGAACGUGCUUAAAUUGUGACAACGUUGUGCGUUGUGCUUGACAAGCAUCAAAUUAUCAAACAAAUCGGUCCUUUUCAGGACCACAA